AGAGAAGUCCCCGUGGGCCACAACUGACCCAUAGGCUAGACACCCCAUUCGAGGGAGGCAUAAGUUCUCACACAACUAGUAGCCCUUUGGCUCACGAUUGGAGCUGGGCUCUUCUUUGCCUGGUUUUUGUGGCAAUUGUGAAUUCACCACAGAGGGAACUGAGCAGCCAGCAUUCCCCAGCAGCUGGACCAGGCUGAUGUUUCCCCUUUGCUGACCACAUCCUUCCUGGCCUGGAGAGAGGAGGCCAGUGCACUGUCGCCCCGUGCUUGAGACAAGAGAGUUCCCCCUGCAGUGACAUGGGCAUGGUUCUGUCCUGGGGCUCAUUCUCACAUCACUUGGUGCCUCAUGGCAAAUCCUCUCGUGCCAGAUGUUGUUCAUCCCCGUUCCGAGGUAGGCUCCCUCUGCAUCUGGAGGCUCACUCUGUCUCUCAUGGCUAACAACCCUUAAGAAACCCAUCCUUUGUGGACCGCCUGAGCUGGUUUUUAAAGAACCCUGGGCCAUCACUCCAUCUUUGGGUAACCUAUUCCCUGCACACCACAUUUCCUAAACCAGAUCUAGAGAUGCUCCCCCCCCCCCCGCUAUUAUUCUACGUUUUGGUUUCCUGAGCUGCUGCUCGCAUCUCUCGUUUCAUGGGAGAAUCUCAUUUCCUUGUUUUGUUUUUAAUCACUGAGCAACUGCAUCCCAGAUGGCGAGCAGAGUGCUGUAUGCAAAUCCAUGGCGGAGGGAGCAGAUCAGGAUAAAGGGAAGGAUUAAAAAGGGGUGGUGCUAAACCUGAAUCCUCCGUGUCAGUGCUCAUAGGUAUCAGUGUCUGUGCUUUGCAGGUGGCUUGUUCAUUUGCAGGCUGAGCCAACGGUAGGCGUGGGCAUUACGCUCCCCACAAUGACUACCCUGGACGACAAGCUGCUGGGUGAAAAACUCCAGUACUAUUACAGCAGCAGCGAGGAGGAGGACAGUGAGAAAGAAGAGGAGGGGGAGGAUCAGCAGCAUGGCUCCCCCCAGGAUGCCACGGAACCCAGGAACGUGGUGCUGAGCAGCGAUGGCAGUGCGGUAAACACAGGUCCCAAAGGGGUGAUCAACGACUGGAGGAGAUUCAAGCAGCUGGAGACAGAGCAGCGGGAGGAACAGUGCCGGGAGAUGGAGCGCCUCAUCCAGAAACUCUCAGUGACAUGCAGGUCCCACCUGGAUGAUGAGGAGGACAAGCGGAAGCAGAAGGAGCUCCAGGAAAAGCUGAAUGGCAAGCUCACCCUGCAGGAGUACAGUGCGCUGCGUGAGGGCCCAGAUGACGAGGAGUUUCUGCAGCAGUACCGCAAGCAGCGCAUGGAGGAGAUGCGGCGGCAGCUGCGCAGCGGGCAGUACUUCAAGCAGGUCUUCGAGAUCCACAGUGCGGAGGCCUUCCUGGACACCAUUGACAAGGGGCCCAGAAAUACCCUGGUGAUGGUCCACAUUUAUGAGGAUGAUGUCCCAGGGGCCGACUCCCUCCAUGGAUGCAUGGUCUGCCUGGCCACUGAGUACCCCGCGGUCAAGUUCUGCCGAGUGCGGAGCUCCCUGAUCGGCGCCAGCUCCCGCUUCACCACCAGCGCCCUGCCGGCCCUCCUGGUCUACAAGGGUGGGGAACUGGUGGGCAACUUUGUCCGUAUCACUGACCAACUGGGUGAGGACUUCUUCGCCGGGGACCUGGAGGGCUUCCUGCAGGAGUGCGGCCUGCUCCCUGAGAAGGACCUGGUGCUCCUCACCUCCGUCCUCAAUGCCUCCUCAUCCUGCCUCAGCGAUGACAGUGACCUGGAGAUCGACUGAGGGCAGGCUAGGGUGAGCAGAGAGGCACCUGUGAACGGGCAAGUAGAAAAGCCCACCUUUUACUAGCCCCUAGAAGGCAAUUACCCAGUUGCCACACACACACACAAACACACACAC